AUGUCUAGUGAAGAAAUUGCCACAGCUUCGGUGGCACCAGCAUUGUCAACAGCACAAAACGAGGAUACUUUUGGGCUUCAAAAAUAUGAUUCGGUCGCUAUUGAGAGGGCUUGUUAUCUAGGUCCACACGCUGCAAGUGAUGAAAGGAAUUCUGUAGGGAAUUAUCAUGCCGUGGACGAGAUAGUGGACUUUUUAAAGCAAAAUGAAAAGUAUCGUAAUAUCACAUUGCAAUUUCCAGACUCUUUGAUUCAGGAUUCAAGUAUUGUCGUUCAGCUUCUGCAAGAAAAGUUAAACAUGGACUCUGGAACUGUGAAGAGAAGGUUCUGGGCACUGGCAGACACUGCAUAUAGUGCCUGCUGUGUGGAUGAAGUGGCUGCCGAGCACGCCAAGGGGGAUUUAGUUAUCCAUUUUGGUGAUGCUUGUUUCAAGGCCGUGCAGUCAUUACCAGUGGUUUAUUCUCUUGGUAGACCAUAUCUGGAUUUAGAGGAGGUGGCAAAGAAGUUCAGUGGUAUUUUUGACGACAAAUGCCGAAAGAUAUGCUUACUAGCCGAUGCGCCUCACACAUAUAUUUUGAGUUCUCUGUAUGAAAAGCUGGAAGAAGAAGGCUAUGAGAAUUUGAUCUACGGAGUCGUUGAUGAAAUUUUGGUUGCUGAUACCUCAGUUAUCCUACAACAAAAGAAUGACGACAAUCACUCGGCAAAGCGAAUAGGCAAUUUAGGUAAUAGAGUGCUCAUGACAAACAAAAGAGAUAGCAAAGCUCUGGAAGAAGAUAUCAUAAGGGAAGAAUUUGCUCUUUUCCAUAUAACCAUACCGCAGGACCCACAUCUACUGUUUUUGGUGACCAAGUUCGAGAGCGUCAUAUUAUAUGAUCCAAAAGACAAUACGAUAACGGAAGGACCAUAUCCUUCACUAAUGAAAAGAUACAAGAAUAUGCAUGUAGCAAGAACUGCCGGUUGUAUCGGCAUACUAGUCAACACGCUUUCAUUGAGAAACACAAAGGAGAUGAUCAAUACUUUGGUAAAAUUGAUCAGAGAUAACGGUAAGAAACACUACUUGUUCGUUGUCGGUAAACCCAAUGUCGCAAAGCUGGCUAACUUUGAACCUGUUGACAUCUGGUGUAUACUUGGCUGCGGUCAAGCUGGUAUAAUUCUUGAUCAGUAUAACGAAUUUUACAAGCCAAUCAUUACACCAUAUGAACUGACAAUGGCCCUCAAGGAAGAAGUUACUUGGACCGGCCAAUGGGUUGUGGAUUUUGAAAAAGUCCUUAAUGAGAUUGCCGUGAAUGAAACUGAGCCUUGUGAGGAAAGAAAUGAAUCUGAUGAGCCUGAAUUCGAUGCGGUAACGGGAAAAUAUGUCAGUACGUCGAGACCUCUUAGACAUAUCCAGCACUUGGAAAUAGAAGGGCCAAAGGAAACAGAAUCACGCUCUUUGAUUCAAAAAGUCAAUGGAGGAGUCAUUAUUAAAGGUACUGUCUCUACAGCAGCAGCCUCCAUCCAAAAUCGUGAAUGGACCGGUCUUGGCAGUGAUUUCACAGCUCAAGACGAUUACGAAGAAGAGGGAGCCACUGUACAAGAGGGGAUUUCGGGAGUCGCUUCAAGUUACGAGUUCGAUAAACUAAAUUCCAGAAAUCAAAGCUAA